CUCUACUGUACUGUACUGUACUCUACUCUACUCUACUGUACCAUCACUGUGUGUUCAGGCCUGAUUUCCGCUCAUCACCUGCGCUUUGAUCUGCUCGGCGUUAACAGUCAUGUUUCCUCAUCACCUGGUUGUUCUGUGCGCUUUAGCGCUGCUCGCGCUGCGGAUCCCGGCGCAGAAAUCCACCGGACAGCGGUGGUUGAUUGGGGAUAGAGACAGUCACUGUGCAGCGAGCUGCUCGAAGACUCCAGCUAAACCGGUGUGUGGCUCAGAUGGACGCAGUUAUGAUACAACCUGUGACCUACAGAGGGCAAAAUGCAAGGAUGGAACGCUGACAUUAGCCUACAGGGGCCGGUGCAAAGGUAAGCCAUAUGGGCGGAUUGAUCAGUCACCUGCACUUUCUGCUCCCACACUUGCUUCAGAAGGUAAGGAGCUAGAAAUCAAAGACUUCGGCCAGUCAAAGUGCCUUGUGGAGAGGAGCCAGGCUCUGGAAAAAGGCGAGACGACACAGGAGUCCACCUUCAUCCCGGAGUGCAACGAAGACGGAACUUUCGCCCAGGUCCAGUGCCACACACCUACAGGUUACUGCUGGUGCGUGACUGCAGACGGCAAACCCAUCAGUGGCUCCUCGGUGCAAUACAAGACUCCGGUGUGCUCAGGAAACUUCCCUGAAUUUAUGGGAACUCAUGCUGGGACGAGUGGAACAACAGGUUCAGUAACUGAUAAACCUCCAGGACCACCUGGCUCUGGCAGAAAAGUCUCUUUCCGGUUCUUUCUCACCCUGAACCCAGAUGAUGGCUCCAAACCCACACCCACAAUGGAGACGUACAUCGUCCCCGAUGGUGAAGAGAUCACGGCACCCACACUGCGAGACAAGCAGAACCGCUCCAUCAGCAGCAGAAGGCCAGGGUUUGAUAUGAUGUUGGACAUUUGCCGCUAUAACAGCUUCAGCUCUUCUGUAAAAUCUUCAAGAUCUUCAGGAGAGGUUCAAGGAGCAUACAAAGAUCCUUCGUGUGACCAAGAGAGACAGAAUGCACUCAAUGAAGCUCGGCUGAACCCACGAGAGGGGAUCUUUAUUCCAGACUGCGGGCCGCAUGGCCUGUUCCAGCCUGUGCAAUGCCACGAGUCAACCGGCUAUUGCUGGUGUGUGCAGGUACACACAGGAAGACCCAUACCUGGAACCUCAGCCAGAAAUAAAAACCCCGAUUGCGCAGCCCGUCCCCAGGUGUCUGAUACGGAGGAUCCGUUCAGGGACAGAGAACUGAAUGGCUGUUCAGAUGGAAAGAAACUAGAAUUCAUAACCAGCUUGUUGGAUGCCCUAACAACAGACAUGGUACAGGCCGUUAACUCACCAACUCCCCCUGGUGGUGGGAGCAGGUUCCCAGAGCCUGACCCGAGUCACACGCUGGAGGAGCGCGUGGUGCAAUGGUACUUCUUUCAGCUGGACACCAACGGCAGCCAUGACAUCAGCAAAAAGGAGAUGAAGCACUUGAAACGUUACGUAAAGAAGAAGGCCAAGCCCAAGAAAUGUUAUCGCAAGUUCGCUGAUUACUGCGACCUGAACAAGAACAAGGCCAUUACUCUGCAGGAGCUAAAAGGGUGCCUUGGCGUCAAUAAAGAAGGUCCUACAACAAGCAGCAGCAGUCAGGGGACAAGGCAAGGAACUAAUUUGUUCAUAGGCCGUCUAGUGUGAGGACAGAAGCUUCCAGAAGAUGAGCCAAGAAUAGAGAGAAGACAAGCUGACGACUUGAACAGAAAGAGAGAAAAAAAAAAAGAAGAAGAGGUUCCUAAAGAGAAAAAACAAAUUAUGCUGAAAUGAUAAUGGUGGAGCCAAAAUAUUUGCACUUUUCUUCUCCUGUCGGUAGACAUUCGCUCUGUCUCUGAUUUUCGUUGUAAACAUUUUAUGACUCUGAUGUAAGUGCACGAAGCAUCGCAUAAGAACAUUAUAUGGCACUCGGACACGUGGCUGACUACCUGCUUCAACCCGCACGACACGUUAUAAGUGUGUUCAAUAAUACUAAACUCACAGCGAGGUCUAGUCAGUAUUAUACACCAGAUUUUAAUCACAAACCUUCCAUGUAGUCUCCUGACGUAGCGGUCAUAGUUGCACAUAACCAGUUUGUUUAUAUAAGAUCACGUCUUUUAUUUUUUUAUUGUAUGUAUGGCAAGAACGAGAUAAAAACUAUAUAAAAACAUGGUUUGCCAGCACAACAUGAUGUGUGUAGAUGAUCAUGAGCAUAACACACGUGUUGCAGGUUUAAAUUGCGUAUCACGCGUCUUAUAAAACUUCACUUAAAGAUGAGCCAAGGAUGAUGUACAGUAUCAGAUCAGUCGAAAGAUGAUUGUGUUUAAAAACUUUCAUAGCAACUGUUUUAUAAGAAACACCUGCUAAGUCAACAAAUCAUGUUUAAUAAACAGUCUUAACAUGGAUAAUUAAAUAAUAAUA